AUGCCGGAAUGUCCAGAGCGAGGGCUGGACAGGAGAGCGGCGCCGGCUCCGUCGGCCGGCAAGCGCUCGGGGCCGGGAUUCACGGCCACCUCCGGCACGCAGGGAGACAGCGGGAAGCGCCGAAGCAGUUGCCUAAAUGUGGGAGGACACACGUGGUCGGUGGGUGCCACCGUGGAGGAGCUGGGGCCAUGGCACCACGCGGAGGAGGAUGAGGAUGAGGGGGGCAAGGAGGAAGGCUGCGAAGCCGUGAAGAUCAAGAAGAACAAGGACAAUGUGAAGUUCAAGGUGCGCUGCAGCCGGUACCUCUACACCCUGGUCAUCACGGACAAGGAGAAGGCCGAGAAGCUGAAGCAGUCGCUGCCCCCAGGUCUGGCUGUGAAGGAGCUCAAAUGAACCGUUCCGCU